AUGUUAUCACAGCAAAAAUGUUUGCUAUUGGAAUUACAUGAACAUUACGAAACAUUUGUGGAACGUAAAGAGCAAUGUAUUCGAGCUUUAAAUGCGAUAAAGGCAACAAUGAAAUUGGCCUUAAUUGGUGGUCCAUCAUUAUCAGCGGUUUCUUCAAAUCAGUACCUAGAAUUAUGUCGAUCAGUGCACAAAUUAUUCUUCCAGUUACUUCAAAUCACGGAUAAAUUUGAUGAAAUGGUGAAAAGUGUAGUAAAUGGUUCCAAUGUUCAGAAUGCUAAUAUAUCAGCUGAAGUCUUAUGCUUGCAUAAAUGUCUAUUAGCAAGUAUUCCGAAUUCGGUACAUGGUAUGGAAAAUGGUAUAUCAAAUGUAACACUUGAAUCAAAUACCGAUGCAUUAUUGAUGUUAAUGCAAAAGAAACAGUACAAAAAUGCUUUACAUAUGCUAAGACAACUCAGGCAACAAUUUGGUGCAGAAUAUGGUUGUUGUGAUCAAGUAGAUGUUGAAGUAUUACUGUUAGUAUAUUGUCGCAAUCAUCAUCAAACGUCUUGUUGGGCUAUCCUAGGAAGUGACAAAGCGUUAACACUUAGCUGUAACCAAUUACGACAGAGUAAUAUGCAGAUGGCAACUAUUAUUCGUGCAAUAGCACCUGAAGCACUCAUUUUACGAUCAUCUCGUGUUUCUAGUGCAUCUGAAUCAUACAGAUCAUAA